AUGAUUAAUUUAAUAAGUAUACUUCCCAAUUCAAUAUAUUUUCUAUUAAUCCUGUGCAAUAUAGUCUCUGCUGCUCCGUAUGAGGCAUUCCCAAUAACAAAACAAUACCCACCAAUAAUCAGAGCUAAUCAAACCUUCUUAUUUCAAAUAUCAAAUGAUACCUAUAAAUCCAAUACCGAUAAAAAUAUGCCUAUAACAUAUCAGGCCUUCGAUUUACCAGAUUGGCUUUCAUUUGAUUCCAAUACAAGAACCUUUAAUGGUGUGGUUACCGAAAAGAUUAUAAAAAACUUAACGACAAAUUCAAAUCUCUAUUUUGAUUUCAUUCUACAAGGUACGGAUGAUUCAGAUAUGACAUCAUUAAAUUGUACCUAUCAAUUUGUUAUAUCAAAUACAACCCCAAUUAAAUUGGUUGACAAUUUUAAUCUAUUAGCUGUACUGAAGAAUUUUGGUAACACAAAUGGCAACGAUGGUUUAAUUCUGCCACCGAACGAAGUGUUCAAUGUCACUUUUGAUGAAAGUCUCUUCGAAAAUGCUGCAUUAAUUAAACAGUUCUAUGGACGGAGUGAUCAGUACAAUUCCCCUUUACCAAGCUGGCUAUUUUUUGAUUCAAAUAAUUUAGAAUUUUCUGGUACUACCCCCGUAAUUAAUUCAGAGAUCGCCCCUGAAAUGUAUUACAAUUUAGUGUUAAUUGCCACCGAAAUUGAUGGCUAUUCUGACGUCAAAAUUCCAUUUAGUCUAAUUAUCGGUGCUCAUCAAUUAACUACAUCUAUUCAAAAUACAAUUCUACUGAAUGUAACUGAAAAUGGUGACUUCAGAUAUGAUUUACCGUUAAACUAUAUUUACUUAGAUGGGUCUCCUAUCAACACAGCCGAUAUAAGGUCUAUUGAUUUAGUUAAUGCACCACCAUGGGUAUCUCUUUCAAACACAACUGAUUCAAAAUACUUAUUUGGGACUCUAGCUGAUAAUACUACUGAUAAUCAAUUUAGUGUGGCAAUCUACGAUAAAUAUGGAGAUGUAGUCUAUUUGAAUUUUGAAGUAGAAUCUACUACUCAUGUAUUUGCAGUUGCAUCUUUGCCUAAUCUUAAUGCAAUUAGAAAUGAAUGGUUUCAAUAUAAUUUCUUGCCAUCGCAAUUCACUGAUUAUUCAAAUACAAAAGUCUCUCUAGUAUAUCCAAAUUCUACACAAGACCAUUCUUGGUUAAAUCUCAGAUCUGAUAACCUAACUUUACAAGGUUGGGUCCCUUCUAAUUUUGAUUAUCUGUCAGUUGGUUUAAUAGCGAAAAAAAUUCUUUAA